UUCCCUAGAAAGCUGAAGACUAUUCUAAAGACUAAGAUCUGAGAUUGUAAGAUCAUUUUGGCCAUUAUGAUGAUGAUGAUGAUGACUCGAGUUCUUUCAUCGCCUUCCUCACACUCACCUCGCAGAGUGAUUAGAGCUUCACGAGAUCAACUUCAUGCUCAAACUGUAAAGAGUCAUCACCUUCCUUCAGGCUCAUCCUACACCAGCUUAUGUUCAUGUGGAAGAAAACAUUUUCUUGAAGCAGCUAGCCCGACGAUGCCCUUUCUUCCCAUCUAUUCUCCUAAUGCUUCGCGUUCCAAGGAUGUGUCAGAAACAUUUCAUCCUCAGAGGCCAGAUUGGUAUAAGGAGCUUUUUGCUUGGUUCUUAAGCACAGGAAUGCGAUCUUAUGAAGCAGAGAUCGCCGAUUACAAGAGAAAACUAUUCGAAAAAUUGGCUGGUAAAGCAGAAACAGUGCUGGAGAUUGGUGUUGGUACAGGUCUUAAUCUGAAGUACUUUGCCGGUAAUGAAAACGUCUGUGUUUUUGGUAUGGACCCGAACCACAAAAUGGAAAAGUACGCAUUUGAUACUGCUAGAGAAGCUGGGAUGAAACCUGAAAACUUUAGAUUCAUUCAAGGAGUAGGAGAAGCUAUACCAUUAGAUGAUGACUCUAUGGAUGCAGUGGUUGCAACACUUGUUCUAUGUUCUGUCUCUGAUGUCACUCAAACACUCAAUGAGAUCAAGCGGGUGCUGAAACCGGGUGGGAUUUUCCUAUUCAUCGAGCACGUAGCGGCUAAAGAUGGAUCUUUUUUUAGGCAUGUUCAGAAUGUAUUGGAUCCAAUACAGCAAGUAGUUGCAGAUGGAUGCCAUUUAACAAGAAACACCGACUUAUACAUUUCGGAUGCCGGUUUCGAUGGUGGCAGUGAGAUCAACAAUACGGCAAUCUAUAGUUUCCCUUGGAUUAUAAGACCUCAUGUCUAUGGAGCAGCCUACAAGUAAGACCUCAUGUCUAUGGAGCAGCCUACAAGUAAGACCUCAUGUCUAUGGAGCAGCCUACAAAGCGUCAAAUGUUGACUUCAUUGCCUGUUUAUGCAAAUUGAUUCCCAAUAUUUGAAACAUUUCGCCACUCUUUGUUGUAAGACAAGACUUUAUGUUGAGUUUGAAUGUACUGGGCCAAGUAUGGGCUAAGAUUUAUGAGACAAAUCAAAAGCCCAUGAUCAUGGGAAACGUCUUCUUUGGACGUGAGACAA